AUGAGGGGAUUGGACGAGGAUAAAUCUUUCAACAUGUUGGUUUCCCGCGUUGCCUGCGUUGGCAAGCUGGGACACAAGAACAUUGGUUACUCUGGACCACUCAGCAGACAGCUCCUCUCAUAUCGUUCUUUGGUUUCAGAAGUCCGCUCCACUUUACGGAACUUGAUCGAAAUUGUACUUGUUGGACUUCUUCUUAGCGGCGACGCCAACCGCGAACGCAAUGACUGGACCGAGUUGGGCAUUAGUCUUCCGUUCAUUGACGAUAACGAUUGCGGUUUGGGAAUUGCCGUCCGGACAUACCUUGAUGACCUGCCUCUGCAGGAGGAUGCAACCUCACCAGACGCCCGACAGGAGGUGAAGGCCAAGGGCAAGGAAUGGUUCCAACACAGCGACAGCUUCACAGGGAAUCUGGAUAGGGCUUUCAAGCUCUGGGAUGCGGUCUACAAAGGCUCGCAGAGUGCAGGCAAAGAGUUCAAGGACGGAAAGAUCUGGGCAAACGCGAACAAGUGGCUGUCUGAACGGCGGUGA